AUGGUUGAGUCUGCUGAAGAGCCAGGACACAGGUCGGAAAUGCAGCCGGGCACGCAGGCUCCUUAUUCCCUGGAGACGGGAUCCUUCCCUCACUUCUAUUCCCCCGUGCACGCCAGCUCCACGUCGGUGAGCCUGUCCUCAGGCCUUCCCACAGGGAAUCCCGUGGAGGGGCCCCACAGCUACCUCGAGCCCCCCGCCAACGCCGCGCGGGCGCUGCCGUCGCCCAUGAACGCCCUGGGCUCACCCUACAGGGUCAUCACCUCCUCCCUGGGCUCGCACCCCGUCGCUCUGUCCUCCGCCCCGGGAAUGAGUUUCGUGACACACGCCGGCCCGCAGCUCAAUGUCCUGAACAACGUCAGCAGCUCGGAGGAUGUCAAGCCCUUGCCGGGUCUCCCAGGGAUGGGGAACAUGAAUUAUCCAUCCACAAGUCCAGGAUCCCUAGCCAAACACAUCUGUGCCAUCUGUGGGGACAGAUCCUCAGGGAAGCACUAUGGGGUGUACAGCUGUGAGGGCUGCAAAGGCUUCUUCAAGAGGACAAUCCGGAAGGAUCUGAUCUACACCUGCCGGGAUAACAAGGAUUGCCUCAUCGACAAGCGCCAACGCAACCGCUGCCAGUACUGCCGCUAUCAGAAGUGCCUGGCCAUGGGGAUGAAGAGGGAAGCUGUGCAGGAGGAGAGGCAGAGGAGCAGGGAGCGCAGUGAGAACGAGGCUGAGUCCACAAGCAGUGGCAGUGAGGACAUGCCCGUGGAGAGGAUCCUGGAAGCUGAGCUGGCAGUGGAACCCAAAACGGAGGCGUACAGUGACGUGGGCACGGAGAGCUCGACAAACGACCCUGUCACCAACAUCUGCCAUGCUGCUGACAAGCAGCUCUUCACACUCGUCGAGUGGGCCAAGCGCAUCCCCCACUUCUCUGACCUGACACUGGAAGACCAAGUCAUCCUCCUCCGGGCAGGCUGGAAUGAGCUGCUCAUUGCCUCUUUUUCCCAUCGCUCCGUGUCGGUCCAGGACGGGAUCCUGCUGGCCACGGGCCUGCACGUGCACCGCAGCAGUGCCCACAGUGCUGGCGUGGGCUCCAUCUUUGACAGGGUUUUGACAGAGCUGGUGUCCAAAAUGAAAGACAUGCAGAUGGAUAAGUCGGAGCUGGGGUGUCUGCGAGCCAUUGUCCUGUUUAACCCAGAUGCCAAGGGUUUGUCCAGCCCCUCGGAAGUGGAGUCGCUGAGGGAGAAGGUCUAUGCCACGCUGGAAGCCUACACGAAGCAGAAAUACCCUGAGCAGCCAGGGCGGUUUGCCAAACUCCUCCUGCGCCUGCCGGCACUGCGGUCCAUCGGGCUCAAGUGCCUGGAGCACCUCUUCUUCUUCAAGCUGAUUGGAGACACCCCCAUCGACACUUUCCUCAUGGAGAUGCUGGAGACACCCCUGCAGGUCACUUGAGGGUCUGUCUGGCCGGACCCUGGUCCCCCCCCCCCGUGCCCCUGCACAGCUCCUGCCCC